UGGAGCAUAGUACUAUCGAGUUUCUUAGUCGUUGCCAGAUUGUUACUGAGUUUCACAUGCGCUGUUAUGCCAUAGGAUCCGGACGGUGGAUAUGGUGGUGGACCUGGUCAGAUGCCUCAUCUUGCAACAACUUAUGCUGCAGUGAACUCACUUAUUACCUUGGGUGGUCCCAAGUCUUUGUCAUCAAUAAUAGGGGGAAGUUGCGUGCAUUUUUGCUGCGAAUGAAGGAUGCAAGUGGAGGAUUCAGGAUGCAUGAUGGUGGAGAAGUGGACGUUCGUGCUUGCUACACUGCUAUUUCUGUUGCCAGUGUUCUGAACAUUCUGGAUGAUGAGCUGACACAAAAUGUUGGAGAUUACAUUUUAAGUUGCCAAACUUAUGAAGGUGGAAUAGCUGGUGAACCAGGUUCUGAGGCUCAUGGAGGGUACACAUUCUGUGGUUUAGCAGCGAUGAUUCUGAUCAAUGAGGUCCAUCGGUUGGAUUUGCCUUGCUUGAUUGACUGGGUUGUCUUCAGACAAGGUGUUGAAGGUGGAUUUCAAGGGAGAACAAAUAAACUGGUUGAUGGCUGCUAUUCCUUUUGGCAGGGAGGAGUUGCUGUCAUUGUACAAAAGUUGCAUUCAGUUAUCUGUGAACAGUUGGGUUUGUCAAAAGUUUUAGACUCUGAGUGCGACUCGGAAAGUUAUCAUGAUUAUGAAACAUCAGAUAUAUCUGAUGUAGAAGAAUGCACUGUGGAAACUUCUUGCCCUCUUGGUGGAACUUGCCAUCGUAGAAAAGAAGUUAGUUUUGCAGACAUUGGUGUUGAUUUCAUCAGCAACAAGAGGGCAAUUGCACCUAUUUUCAGUAGCAUGCAUUUGCAGCAAUACCUUCUUUUGUGUUCACAGGAAGGGGCUGGUUUCAGAGAUAAACCUGGGAAGCCUAGGGAUCAUUAUCAUACAUGUUACUGUCUAAGUGGAUUAUCCGUUUGUCAAUAUUGCUCAUCUGCAGAUGCUGAUUCUCCACCACUGGCUAGAGAUAUACUGGGUCCUUACUCUAAUUUGUUGGAACAACUUCACCCCUUAUAUAACCUUGUCUUAGACCGUUACUAUGAAGCACAUGAUUUUUUUUCAAAAUUUUAGGCAACUUAUCCAAUGCUUGAUGAGAAAACAUGGGCUGUAGCAUUUGAUGGUGUUCAUAUGGGCUCUCUCCCGCGUAGCAGUUAGUGUAAAAACAUAGUUGUUGGGGCUGACGUUACGCGAGACUUCCUACCACCUCUCAAUUUCUUCUGUUAUUUAUACUACCUCUCUGGUGUCGGGUAGGUUUGGGUCCAAAAUUGACCGUUGAAACUUUGUAAAUUUAGGCAAUUUUGUCGGUGUCCGGUCAGGACGAUUUAGUAGCUAAGGAUAUCACUUAGUUUGUGUAAUCUUUAUAUAAAGUGGGUGAUUUCAUAUUUGAUAUUUGGAAUGUGAUGCCAUUAGUUACUGAACUAGCUUAAAGAGCUGUACUUGUUUCGACCAUAUUGGUGCCACCUUUGUAUCAGAAACCAUUUG